AUGGUCUUCAGUAUGGAGACGCGGAGGUUUUCCCAUGAGAUGGCUUCUUUGAGGAAUAUUGGUGGGCUUGGCAACCUCUUUCCCGUUGGUUGCUCGGGCUCAGGUCGAUCUAGAGCGGGUGGUCUUUGUCUUUUUUGGCGAGAGGGGUUGGAGGUGGAAUUUAUUAGCUCUUCACUCAAUCACAUUCUACGUAUGGUGACAGACCCAGAUACUAGCUCCAGUGUUCAGGUUCUUGCAAUUUAUGGGUGGCCAGAGGAGCAUAACAAAUGGCGCACGUGGGAUUUAGUGAGGAGAUACAAACCAGAUGAUUCGGUUCCGUGGUUAUGCAUUGGCGAUUUUAAUGAGGUACUGAGUCCCAAUGAUAAAUUGGGGGGAGGCCCAGUUGAUGUGGCGCGCUUGCAGGAUUGUGCUAGAACUAUAGCGGAUUGUGGUUUGAGAGAUGUUGGAUACUCCGGUUACCGUUUUACUUGGUCUAAUAAACGCAAGGCUCCGGGUACUGUGGAGGAGCGGUUGGAUUACGCCUUAGUAAAUGACAAGUGGCUUGAACAAUGGCCGGUGUCUCAUGUUUCUCACCUUCCGAGAUACAGAUCGGACCAUAACCCCAUUCGCAUGUGGUUUGGUGUUCGACGUAAGCAGGAGGAGACUAGACGUGAGAGAAUGUUUCGCUUUGAGGAGGUUUGGCUCCAAAAAAUGAGGAGUGCAUGGAGGUUGUCGCGGAGGCUUGGAGCUCUGGGGGAGGGAGCUAGACGUGUACAAUCUGAGCAAGUGGUAGAAGAAACAACAACGGUGGAGGGGCAACUAGACGCUUUGUUGGAACAGGAAGAGAUUGUUUGGUGUCAAAGGUCCAGGGCAACUUGGCUUAGACAUGGUGAUAGAAACACGGGUUUCUUCCACAGGAAAGCUUCCCAACGCAGGAAGCGCAAUUCAAUUGAAGAAAUCGAAACUGAGGAUGGCAGAACAGUGGACGAGGUCAAGGACAUUUACCGUGUUUUAGCUGACUAUUUUAUGUCUCUCUUUUCCUCUGCAGGUCCUAUUGAUAUUGACUCAGUGACCUCCCUAGUCGCAGGACGACUAACAGCUCACCAUCUGGAGAUCCUCACUAGGCCUUUCACAAAAGAGGAUGUUGAGGAGGCUUUAUUCCAAAUGCACCCAAAUAAGGCCCCAGGCGCUGAUGGAUUGCCAACUUUGUUUUAUCAUAAGUUUUGGCAUAUUAUUGGUGAGGACAUAUCUCAGUUCUGUCUUCAUGUCUUACAUGGCUCUAUAUCACCAGGUAUUAUAAAUCGAACUUUGUUAGUGCUUAUUCCUAAGGUUAAAAAACCUUUGCAUGCUAACCAGUUCAGGCCCAUUAGUCUUUGUAAUGUUAUCUUUAAGAUUAUCACUAAGACUAUGGCGAACAGAUUAAAAUUAAUCUUGCCGGAUAUUAUUUGUGAGGCCCAGAGUGCUUUUGUCCCUGGUCGUUUGAUCACGGAUAACGCUCUCGUGGCGUUUGAAUGUUUUCACUUUAUGAAAAAGAAAACAAGUGGCCGUAAUGGCGUUCUGGCUCUAAAGCUUGAUAUGUCCAAAGCUUAUGAUAGAGUUGAGUGGCCUUUUUUGGCGAGUGUUUUAACACAGAUGGGAUUCCCUCUCUCUUGGGUCAACCUCAUUAUGAGUUGUGUAACCACAAUGAAUUUCUCUAUUUUACUAAACGGAGCGCCCCAAACCCCCUUUGCCCCGGGGAGAGGGUUGCGACAGGGUGACCCCUUGUCCCCUUAUCUAUUCAUCCUUUGUGGUGAGGUUUUCUCUGCGCUUAUUAAUAAAGCAGUAAUGUCCUCUUCUUUACAUGGUGUUAAGGUAGCUCGAUCAGCACCUGUGAUUUCUCACUUACUUUUUGCAGAUGAUAGUGUAAUCUUUGCAAAAGCUACGCCAGAGGAGGUGGAGAGUGUGAAGGAAAUUCUUUCAACUUACGAGCGAGUUUCAGGACAAGUCAUUAACCUUGACAAGUCAACGCUCACAUGUAGCCGAAACGUGCCAGAUAAUUGUUUUAAUCACCUUAAAGGGUUAAUGAAUGUAAAGGUUGUUGAGCAUUUUGACAAGUAUUUGGGUCUACCAACCAUUAUUGGUAAGUCAAAGACCCAAAUUUUUAACUUUGUUAAGGAGCGGGUUUGGAAGAAACUCAAAGGUUGGAAAGAAAGAGUUUUAUCCAGGGCUGGACGAGAGGUUCUAUUGGGGUGUAAUGUUGACAAUCGAUGUGUUCAUUGGCUCAAAUGGGAUUCUCUUUGCCAACCCAAAUGCAAGGGUGGCUUGGGUUUCCGAGAUUUUAAAGCGUUUAACAUCGCUUUGGUGGGGAAGAACUGGUGGCGAAUCAUGUCGAAGCCAAAUACUAUGCUGGCACGGGUUUACAAGUCUGUAUAUUUCCCACGACAAACAAUGUUUGGAGCUAAGAAGGGUUAUAGACCAAGCUAUGCAUGGUCUAGCUUGUUGGGAUCAGCUUGGGUCUUUGAGCAAGGAGGUCUUUGGAGAGUUGGGGAUGGCAAAACGAUUAGAGCUUGGGACGAUAAAUGGAUCCCUUCCUCAACCCCAAUGGUGUACCGCGAGGAUGUGGCAGCGGAACUUCAUGUCACUCAUGUGUCGGAUUUAAUGCUUCCAAAUGGAGGGGGGUGGGACCGUGACAAGGUUGAGUUCCUGUGCUGGCCACCUACUGCAACAGCUAUCCUUUCUGUCCCCUUGCCCAUGUAUCAUCAGGAGGAUAGCUUUUUCUGGCCAGCUACUGUUGAUGGAUGCUACUCCUCCAAAACAGGUUAUCAAUUCAUCCGAAAUCAGCAUCAUGCGCGUGUGGCAUCGGGCUCUUCAGCUCCAGCUAUGAGGCCAGCUCUUUGGUUGAAACUUUGGAAGGCAGAGGUCUGGUUUGCCUCUCCGCUGGGGUUUCGUCUUCAUGAGGAGUGCUCGGUGCAAGAAUUUUUUACUGAAUUUCUGGGUGCAGCUGAUUGUAAUGGCAUUGGUAUGUUUUUCUCCAUCUUAUAUUCAGUGUGGCAGGCACGUAAUGAUCUUCUCUUCAGCGCGAAGCAAAGCUCUGUUGAUCAGAUCCUGUUGCGAGCGUCUAGCCUUCGCCCGUCGAGCAACCAGUUAACUGCUCCUCACCGCCAUGGCCGCGAGCAUGUUUCUUCAUGGCGUCGACCAGCUGCAGGAAUUUUUAAAGUGAACUUUGAUGCUUCAUUGCUGCAAUCUCAUGAGGCUGGGUUCGGGUUUAUAGCAAGGAACAAGGAGGGGGAGGUCUUGGCUGCUGCUACAUCGACCAUGGGCCCGGUUCUUUCAUCGGUUUUGGCAGAAGCACUUGCUUUGCGCUGGGCCUUGGGGUUGGCAAAGGAAUUGGGGUUUCGCCGCAUCUGGGUUGAGACGGAUUGCUUGGUGCUAUACAACUAUUGGGAACGUAGAGAGGGUGGCUUCUCCCAUUUGGAAACAGUUGUUAAGGAUUGUCGUUUACUGCUUUGUAGUUUUGAUGUUUUUACUUUUACUUUCGUUCGUAGGACCGGCAAUUCUGUUGCCGACGCGUUGGCAAAACUUGCUUUUCGUUUAGGCUGUUUGGUCUGGAUUGAAGAGGCUCCGUUGGAGGUUUCCUCUCUCAUCCAGGAUGAUGUUUUUGCCUCUGUGGCUUCUUCUCUUUAA